UGACAUUUUAGUAGCGGUAUUUCAUAUUUGUUUACUAACUAAUUUAAAAAGUAAAUGGUCAUAAAGAAAUUCAGGGUUAGAAACCAAAAUGAAAGAUUCUAAACAAACUCAGACACCUAUAGAAGAUUUAGCGGAAUUACGAAGUUACUUUGCGAGUCAUAAUGUUGUGCGGGAGUAUAUAGCCCAUAGCUCCAAAGUUCAUUCUGUAGGCUGGUCUUGCGACGGUAGAAAACUAGCUUCAGGUUCUUUUGAUAAAAGUGUUGCGAUUUUCAACUUGGAGAGAAAUAGAUUAGCACAAGAUUUUAUAUUCAAAGGCCAUACCGGCUCAGUUGAUCAGCUUUGUUGGCAUGCCUCUCAUCCUGAUUUAUUAAGUACGGCCAGUGGAGACAAGUCAGUACGGAUAUGGGAUACUCGAUCACAUAAAUGUGCAGCAGCAAUUUCAACAAAAGGAGAAAACAUAAAUAUAGCAUGGUCGCCCAGCGGAGCCACUAUUGCUGUUGGGAACAAGGAAGACCUUGUGUCUUUUAUUGAUGCUCGAAAUUAUAAAGUGGUAGUAGAGGAGCAGUUUAAUUUUGAAGUAAAUGAAAUCUCAUGGAACAGCACCUCAGAUCUCUUUUUCUUGACAAAUGGAUUGGGAUGCGUUCAUAUACUCACCUACCCGGGCUUGGAGCUGCAGACGGUGCUAAAGGCGCACCCCGGCACGUGUAUCUGCAUCGAGCACGACCCCACGGGCCGGUACUUCGCCACGGGCUCCGCUGACGCUCUCGUGUCCUUGUGGGAUGUCAAUGAGCUUGCCUGUCUCAGAGUCUUCUCCAGACUGGAAUGGCCGGUGCGGACUCUAUCAUUCAGUUUUGACGGAAGACUCCUGGCUUCAGCGAGUGAAGAUCACAUUAUUGAUAUUGGUGAUACUGAAACAGGAGAAAAAGUAGCAGAAAUACCAGUACAAGCCGCCACAUUCACAGUGGCCUGGCAUCCUUCCAGAUACUUAGUGGCGUUCGCUUGUGAAGACAAAGAGCCCCCGGAGAGGAAACGGGACGCUGGCAACCUCAAGUUAUGGGGAUUGAGCAGUAGUUAGUGUUUGUAAUUAUAACUGUGAAUUGUUUUAAGUGAAUUAAACUUUAUAUUCCUGUCUUAGAUGACUUAAAGAUUUAUGCAAAUAGUCCAUUUAAGAUAGACUCGAAAAAUACCUUUCAAUCAGUUUUUUAAUUGAAAUAAAAUUGUGAGCCCUUGAGUGUAGAUUUAAUUUCUCGUGUGGCAAGAGUGUAAACAUUUGUAUAUUAUGGCCUAAACUAGAAUAAUCGGAUUCUUAAGUAAGCGUUCAUUUCAAACUAAUUGCUAUACAAAUAAAAUAUUUUUUAAGGUGAAGCCUAUUUUAAAAUAUUUUCAUAAAGAAAAUAUAAUUAAGAUGUACUGAAUUAAAAAAUAGAAGAAUCUUAUGAAUUUUGUUAAUAAUAUCAUAUUACCACCUCUAAAAAAA